UAGUCCCUCAUUUUCGAGUAACAAUGACACCCUCCCACUCUAGAAGCAAUACUAAAGCUGUAGAUGAAGGGUUGGAUCUACCACACACUGCAGUCGAUGAGGCAUUACUCCAUCGCCCUAGAAGCAAUCUAGGAUCCGCCGCUCCCAAGAGCAGUUCUACAUCAACGUCACUAUUCAGGCCUAGAGAGGCAAUGGACAGGUCCACUGCUACUACCGAGUCGCACGAAGAGCUUGAAUGUACGAUUGAGGGUGUUCAGCAGUUAAAGGAGCAACUGGAUUCCAGCUGCAAGAUUGCUGAAAGGUUGGUGCAGGCACUGCUACGGAAAAUAGCCCACCUCAGAGAGGCACUAGCAAAAUGUGAUGCUGAGAGGAAGGCUGAGGCCGCGGGACGAAGGCAAGCCGACGUGAGAACACAAGCAACUUUGAAUACUGUGUGCGACGAGAGGGCAAAGCUGAGAGCCGAAGUUCAGUGCUAUAGGGACAUCGUCGGUGCUCUCGAGGAAAGUUUGAAAGACAAGAGAGGGCAUUUCGACAAUGAACAAUUGCGGGACCAAGAGAUCUACAAGUUGAGCGAAGAGAUUAGAAAGGCAAAAGCAAUUCUUUUCGAGGAGCGCAUAGUCUCGCGAGCUUUCUCCCAGCAGAUUGAAGCAAUGUAUAGAGUGAUACAGAUCCAACACAACGAACUUAAGGAACGGAAGUCGAAUAUCGAGGAUCUGGAACGAUACAUUCAAAUAAUUGAUCAGGAAUACGAGCAACUUCAGCGCCAAGAACUUGCCACAAAGAAGCUACACUUGGAUCGAGAGGCCGAGUACAACUUGGCCAGAGAACUAAGCACUGAAGUCUACGAGCUCAGGAAAACGGUUUCAGAGGUGGUCGAGAAUAAACGUUCAGUUCAGGCACAGCUAGAACAAGAACAGCAAACGACACUUACGCUGAGGCAGCAGGUCUACGAAUUGGAGAGGCAGAAAGGGGAUAUGACAAUUAGUCUAUCGAUCCGACAGCGAACGCCGGACCCCGGUCCACGAAUAGGCGAACCCGGGCUGAAUUGCGAAGGUAGUGGUAGCUCUGCUGGUGACCUGGACGCCCAAGCGGCCGACCAUACACCAACAAGGGUAGCGCUCCAGGAGCAGAUGAUGGCACUUCGAGUUACGAACCGCAAAAUGGAAGAAGAGCUACAGGGUUUUCGUGAGAUUAUUGCUGACCUCACAGGCUUUUACCCGCUCGAGAGGGUGCCGAAUAAGCUCAGUAACGGCGCGCCUUCGGCAUCACUAGAAGUCCUGGUCGCUGACACCGAUGAUGAAAUUGCAAUAAUCCCCGAGCCGAGGCUCCCGUCGCCAGUCUCUGGGCUUCAUAGGAAGGGAAAUGGCCCAAGCUUGACUAACGGCGAGUCUAGCACAGCCAAUCUCGAGUCUUUUCACAGCACGGCCAAGGGCGAGGAUGAGAAUAGCAGCCAGUGUGUGAACUAGUGUUAGUCUGCAUCGACAGAGGUGAUUUGAGUCGGACUAUGCAUUCGAAAACUAUGGGUUAUAUCAUAUGAUAACACCCAGUUGACCACCUAGCCCAGCUUUUCUGCAACUGAAAAUCUCAAGUGACGUUUCUGUUCUGAGUUCCACGAGGGAUAUGUGCUGUCGUUACACUCUUACCUUACUUACACCCCGUUACGUGGUCAGACCUAUAAGCUUCUCGGGUGUUCUAGAGCGACUAUAUUGUUGAUGCUUUGUUGCUACAACUGGCGGGAGUUCCUGCUGAUCACUUUGUUAUGUAUUGUAUCACUUAGUAAGUUAGA